GCAGUCUGGACCAGCUUUGUGCGUAGGAUACCAGCGUUGAUAGCCCCUGGAGCUCAGCGAUGGCUGCAGGGGCGACCGACACAAGCAGAAGUUCGGUACUUGGUGGAGUUCCAGUGGAUCAACACUGAAGGAUAAGAGCACGAGACGACCUGAUCGACUGCCUGUUAGGGUGGCGAUCGACCCGGACCAUGCAUAUCAGUCCGGAAGUGUGGAAGUGGCAGGUUAUAGUGUGAGCGUGGUGAUGCAGAAGGAGGCGUUGAUCAUGCAGCUGAUCAUGAGCUUCUUGUUGUGGAUGCGCCUGGUGUUGUUGAUUCCGGGUCGUAAAGCUGCCACUGCGAACCGAGCUGGUGGAGGAUCACCAUUGUACGAGGUUUCGGCAGUGGAGGAGUUUGCUGGCCAACAAGGAUUUGAGGCGAAGUUGGUGCUUUCUGGUGGAUUCGGAGACGAUGCAUUGGGCCAGGAUAUCAGUCCUCUUAGCUUCAUUGUCAGGGUUGAGAAGAGUACACAGCUGCGAGUGUACAUCUCCGAUGCCAAAAACCCAAGGUGGGAAAUCCCUCACAAUUUGAUUCCCCGACAGAAAAUCGACUCCAACCUGGCUGCAUCAACGGACUCUCCAUUGCUAUUUGUCACCCACACUAUCAAACCAUUCGGUUUUGCAGUGACCCGAGUAUCUAACGGUGACGUGUUGUUCAACUCCACUCCGCCUGGAGACACCUCAAACCUUCUAUUCAAUCCUAUCAUCUUCAAGGACCAGUACAUUGAAAUCUCUUCACAACUUCCUCAGAGUAGUAACCUGUUCGGAUUGGGGGAGAGCACCAGGUCAGAUGGCUUGAAGCUCAAGCCAAACAGAACCUACACUUUGUGGACUACUGAUAUCGCUGCCCUAUUUGGUGAUGUUGAUCUCUACGGAUCAUGGCCAUUUCACAUUGAGGUGCGAGAAAGAGGGGUAUCACACGGAGUGCUACUCCUGAACAGCAAUGGCAUGGAAAUCAGCUACACUGAGAAGUAUUUAACGUACCGAGUGAUUGGAGGAGUUCUAGAUUUCUACUUCUUUCCUGGGCCGACACCCCUGGACGUGGUGGAUCAGUUCACGCAGCUAGUCGGCAGGCCUGCUGCGCAACCCUACUGGUCGUUCGGGUUUCACCAGUGCCGAUGGGGAUACCGAAACGUAUCAAUUGUGAAGCAGGUGGUGGAGAAUUUUAGGAAGGCUAAAAUACCAUUAGACACAAUGUGGAACGACAUCGACUAAGACAGGUUUCUGGAUUUCACUAAUGACGAAGAAAGAUUUCCACUGCAUGAAUGGCGUGCUUUUGUCGAUGAACUACACGCUAAUAGCCAGCACUAUGUCAUUCUUGUGGACCCUGGGAUCGGCUCAGCCUACGACGACUACAAAACCUACUCUCGCGGAUUGGAGUAGGGCAUCUUCCUAAAGAAUGACAAAGGAGAGCCACAUAUGGGCCAAGUCUGGCCCGGACCAGUCCACUAUCCAGAUUUUUUGAACCCCAAUGCAAUACGAUGGUGGACAAACGAGGUGCAGCUCUUCCACGACCAAUUGCCUUUCGAUGGGAUGUGGAUCGACAUGAACGAGUUGUCCAACUUCUGCACAGGAACGAAUUGCACUUGGAAUGGCACAAUCCUCGGUGGUGUUACCGAAUGCUAUCUACAAUUUACUAAUACGCACACUAAAUAUGACGACCCACCGUUCCGAAUCAACCACUACGGUAAAAAUGAGAAGCUUGGAUACCUCACAGCCGCUAUGACCUCGAAGCAUUGGGAUGGGACUCUGGAGUAUGAUGCUCAUAGCCUGUAUGGAUUAGCAGAAUCUAUCGCCACAAAAGUUGCGCUCACGAAGGUAAGGAAGAAGAGACCGUUCUUGCUGUCUCGCUCAACUUUUGUUGGAUCUGGUGCACAUGCAGCUCACUGGACAGGGGACAACAAAGCAACGUAUCGCGAUAUUGGAUACUCCAUUGUCACAGUGAUGAACUCAGGCAUGGCUGGGAUCCCCAUGGUUGGCGCAGACAUCUGUGGGUUCUACGACAUGGCCUCAGACGACUUGUGCAGCAGAUGGAUCCAAACCGGAGCGUUUCACCCCUUCUCACGAGCUCAUUCUAACAGAGACAACGCCCCGAAGGAGCUCUACCUGCUUCCCAAAACAACCAUUUCAGCAAGAAAGGCCCUAAGACUGAAAUAUCAAUUGCUUCCAUACUACUACACGCUAAACUAUGAAGCGCACACGAAAGGCUAUCCGAUUGUGAGACCAUUGUUCUUCGCAUUUCCACAGGAUCCCCUCGCGGUUGAUGUCUCCUACCAAUUCCUGGUCGGCAACCACAUUCUAGUAUCCCCCGUGAUCACAGAGAAUGCCACUGAAAUUAAGGCAUACUUCCCAACGGGCACAUGGUAGAACAUGUUCGAUCAUUCUCGGAUCGUUAGCAAGGGUGAGCACAUCAUCUUGCAAGCGCCAUGGAACGUGAUCAACGUACACGUUCGCCAAGGAGCUAUAAUUCCGAUGCAACAAAAUGCACUGACAUCAAUCGCGGUGCGCAAGACACCGUUCUCACUGGUUAUUUCACUACCGAGUGACGCUUCCCUGAGCACCGCUGGUGGCUACGUGUUCCUAGACAACGGAGAAGAGAUCGACAUGACCCUGCGACGGAAUCAUUCUACUCUGGUGAGAUUUGAAGCUGUGGCGACGCAAAAGAGCGGCGUUAUUACAGCAACAGUUGAGCAGGGUGAGUUUGCGUUGUGGGAAGGUUGGAUUGUGGACCGCGUUGUGAUUUUAGGGGUGGACUCUACUCCCACUAUUGCACAUGUGACUCAGAAAUUGUCGAAAACAUCAGCUAAACUGUUCCACAGUGGUCAGAAACUGGAGGUCUCAGGUUUGAAGCUUCUUCUGGGUGAAGCUUUCCAGAUACAGUGGGGGUUUUGAGGGGAAUUUUUAGUCCACACAUGAAGAACCUGCAUAAUGGGUAGAUGGUCCGAGGAGUUGCAGGCAGUCGUGAGCACAAUUCCAAGGUAGUUUAGUUACAGAAACAAUGCAGGACUGGUGAGAAUGCCUCCAUUGGGCACAGUUGCAUCAUGUACCAAAUUGUUAUUUUCUGCAAUUGCUUCAUCGUGCACUUCAAUAUAUACUUACAUACAUACA